AUCUCUGAGAGACAAGACGGUCUGUGCAGCCUGACUCACCGACAUCCCGCGCUACGGAGCGUUACUGGCAGAGCUGAGACGAGAGGCCCGAAUCAACAUCUUGAAGCCGGAAACUGAUGCAAUGACAGAGGUUUGAGUUCCACACACACACAUCUGAUCCUUUUUUCUGGGGAUAUUUCUGAAUUGUCUACAUUGUCAUCUCAUUGGAGAGCAAGGGAAAGUUCAGCUCACUGACAAAGAAAUCACCGUCUUCCACAAUGAAUCCUGUUUACAGCCCUGUGCAACCAGGGGCUCCAUAUGGCAACCCGAAAAAUAUGGCCUACGCAGGUUACCCUGCUGGAUACCCUACAGCUGCUCCUGCCUACAACCCAAACAUGUAUGCCACCAGCAGUCCAGGCUAUGCCCCAGCGACCCUUCUGAUGAAACAAGCAUGGCCACAGACUUCAUCUUCCUGUACCAACGAGGGCACCUUUCAUCUCCCCGUGGACACUGGGACAGAGAACAGAACUUACCAAGCGUCAUCGGCUGCUUUCAGGUAUACAGCAGGGACUCCAUACAAGGUUCCCCCUGCCCAGAGUAAUAGCGCACCUCCACCCUACUCCCCUUCCCCAAACCCAUACCAGACUGCCAUGUAUCCAAUCAGAAGUGCCUACCCACAGCAGAACCUUUAUGCCCAGGGCGCCUACUACACACAGCCUGUGUAUGCGGCUCAGCCUCACGUCAUCCACCACACUACAGUGGUGCAGCCAAACAGCAUUCCCUCUGCUAUCUACCCAGCACCUGUAGCUGCGCCAAGGACUAACAGCGUUGCUAUGGGCAUGGUGGCUGGCACCACAAUGGCUAUGUCAGCAGGUACAUUGCUGACUACACCUCAGCACACCGCCCUAGGAGCACAUGCAGUCUCUGUGCCAACUUACAGAGCUCAAGGAGCGCCCACGUAUAGCUACGUACCUCCCCACUGGUAAACUGCCAGGCCUCUUCAUGUCUGGAGUCAAACAUUGUAUGCAAUUGCUCAAGUCUUACAUCGGUGCUGGGGGGGGGGCGACUGAACAUCAGCACCAAGUUUGUUUGCAAGAUCAAAACAAGGAAACACACAAGUGCAAGGGUCACUUUAUUAUUCUUUAGUGUUUUGUAAAAGCUGCUUUUUACAACCUUACACUUUUUAUUUUUUUUCGUUCCAUGCUGAUGUUUGCAAUCUCUACGCAUGGAGUUUGCUAGUUCUGUGUUGUCUUUUCCACCCCAUAGGCAGUGAUUCCUUGAUCUCUGCUUCUCAGUUGUUUAUUUUUUUUGUUCAUGGUUUGUUUUUCUGAGUGUUGCGGGGAGCCACCUCUGAGCAACGCAGAACCUUUUCUUUUUCCAUUUUCAUAAUGUUAUGUAUUUAGCGUGGAAGCAGGUCACAAAUGGUGUCUUCCAAAUUGACGGCAAACAGAACGUGUCAGAAAUAUCAUUAGGAGGAUGUAGUGCAUGCUUUGUCUUUUGGUACAACUUGCAAUCAAUUAAAAGGCUGCUACACUGCUCAGAGAGGUUCUGAAGCAUCUGCAAUUCAGUUCUAGUCCCUGGGUUUCUGUACAAGCACAAUGCAUCUGUGA